GGCAUCAGUUGAGGCACAAUGAAACUUCAGCUUACAAUCUGUUUGGUUCUAGUGGCUGCAUGCGGUUUGGCCAACGCCUACAACGGCGAUGGUCAGCCGGGUUGCAAGACGCAGGAGGAGCUGGACGUUGGAAUCUACCGUGAUAACUGGGAUGCUACGUCCUACUGGAAGUGCGAGACACUCAAUGAGCCCGCCAGCAAGGUGCGUUGUCCGGAUGAGACGGGUUUUGUCGAUAGCCUGAAGGACUGCGUUAGCUGGGAUGACUGGACGUGGGAGAAGCCAGUCGCUCCACCCAGCGAGGUUGACGAGUAAACGAAAAACUUGAUAUUGAAAAGCUAAACGUGACAUUUAAUUAUUGUCAUUAUAUUAAAUACGAAAACUGCGCUAGGCGGCUUAUAAACGCAACGAAAAAGAA